AUGUUUAAAAUAUUGCUGAUAGCAAAUUUUUGUGGUUAUAUCUGGGCAUCUUGUCCCCAUAUGAUGGGCCAAAUGAGAUCAAAGGAAAUAAUCGCUGAAAAGGAGAAACUACUCGAGGAAAGAGUUCAACAGCAACAAUAUCUUGGAUCGCCACCUGGAGUUGAACCGAUGAAUGAUGGUGCACCAGGAGUGAUGCCAGAAGAAACAUCUCUUCAAACAACUUUUAUUCACCUCAGCAAAACAGAAGACGAGAAAAAGUAUGCCGGUUUAAUCUCAACAAAACUCCGAGAAUUGCGCGAGAUUUUGCGACGAGAGUUGAGACUCACCGUUGACCAUGAACAUAUUGCAUGUCUUGGUGUAGAAGGAGAUCAUUUUCGAUGUCGAGAUUAUUCCCUUAAUCAUCCAUAUCAUUUUCUCAUUGUUGAGGAUAGUUCUCGUGGAGCUGCCGUUUAUUCACUAGAGCGUGAUCUCAAUGGAGAAAGUCCGGGUCGAGUUGAAGCCGCCAUUCUUGAUGCUUUAUCGAGGCACUCAAAACAUCCGCUUUCUCUUCAUGCAUCAAAAGAAGGUGAAAAAGAGGUGGGCUUUGUUCGCGAACUCACCAUUUCUGAACUCGAGCACUUGGGACGAGUGGCGACGAAGAAACGUUUCCCUCGCACCUCUUCUAUUUCACCCACCGAACUCAACGCCAUCGAUCCACAGAUUCUUGAAAUGAGAAAUUCUGAAGGACUCGAGAUUGAAGAUCAUCGUCUCACGAUCGUUCCAUCCAAUGAAGUGUUUGAUCAACUCCUGCAAAGAUAUCGACAUGUUUUUGUGCUCUUUUGGACAAAUGUUCGUUCAUCUUCGGCGCACGCUUUUCAUCAAUUUGCAAAGCUGUCGAAUUCUUUCGAAAAAACCGAGCAUAUUCAGCUGGCGGUCGUAAACUGUCAUCAGGUUGACUUCUGCGUUGGGUUGAACUAUAAAGAUUUCUUCACUGUUGUUGCCUAUGAGAAUGGUGGAAAAGUCGCAACACAAGAGCUGAUUCUCGAUGAAGAAUUUUAUCGAGGAUGGAUUGAAAGAAUUGUAGCCGGUCCUCUGAUCGAGUUGAAAAGCAGCGAAGAGGUGGUGGCUGCAAAGAAAGGUUUUCUCCUCGGUAAAGCUCGCUCAGCUAUUUCCAUUGCCACUUUGCCCUCUAUCGACGAUCCAGAAUUCGUACACAUUGCCAAGAUUGCCGACUCAAUCAGAGGUCGAUAUUAUCUUGCCUACACAAUUAAGCCUGGUUCAAAACCAGCUCUUGCCACCUAUAGACCAAAUGAGCGAAAGAAGAGAGUCGAUUAUUCGGGAGAUUUUGAUCCUCCAUCACUUCUCAGUUUUCUCACCUUUUCUCCUCUUCCUGCACUGGUUGAUAUCACCAAGGGUUUCAAUUCGGAUUUGCUUCUUCGUCAACCCCUCCCGAUCAUUAUCAUGAUCGCUCCAAAAUCAUUUGACACUAAACUAUUUGAAGAUUUUGCUUCAACACCCGGUUUCGCACACAAUAAGUUCAUCUAUUGCUUCAUACAAAGCGAAGGGUUCAAAUUGAGAGACAAAUUUCUUGAGCCAUUGAAGCUCGAGAACACUGAUGGCCCAAUGUUUGUGCAUCUAAUUAAAAAUAAAAUGUGGUCUCGUGAAAUCAAUUCUGAAGACUCUGUCGCCAAAUUGACAGAAUGGAUUUCAACUAACGAAGCCGAUGAAUCGCAACCGAAAUUUUCAAUCACCUACAACGAUCCACACCCAUUAAUGUACCUUCAAAUAGAAACUUCAAACAGGAUCUUUGGUGAACAACCGAUUCAACCAGUACCAGAUCUUUCCGUUUUUCAGAUCAAGGCUCAAAAGCCUUUACUACACGACAUGGCCAAGUCAGGAUCGGGUGGAGGAUGUCCAUUCAUGCACGGGAACACUCUUCCUGCACAUGAUACCCAAGGUCGUCACGAUGAACUU